ACUGCUAAUUAACUGUGAUCUUUAUCAAAAUAUAAAUAUUGGCCAAGACAUUGGUCCUGCUGAUCUUUGAUAUAUCAUGAAAAGCGUAAAUUCUGGCUGUGACACUGAAACUCUAGCACAUUCUCCGCUGUGUGGUCAGAUAACGUGUCAGUUUAACAUCGGAUCCAAAUUUUGCCACCUCUAAAAAUGCCACACCUUUGUUACAGUUUUGGAUUCCAGUGUCAAUUUUGUGUUGAAAUCUCUGGACUGAGAUGUACAACCUUUGGGCACAGAACCCAAAGUGUAUCCACCCAGCAAGUAGUAACUAACAGUAAACUUUUAAAAGCCACUACAUUAUUCAUUAAUAGACAAUAAUCAGGGUGGAGGAAAACGAGAUUAGUUUCUGCUGACAGUAAAAUGAGCUUUAUCUUGAAGUGCAAUAAGACUUUCUUGACCUUUCAAAGAAGAUAUUGCCCAGGAGUCACAAUAAAACUUAAAACUCUAGAACGUUGUUCAUAAUGCGGUCAAAAGAUCAGUGCUAUUGAAAAAGCUGCCACACAACAAUGGGAUUCCUGACCAAUAUUCUUUUCAUUAUGAACUGUGGAAUAAUUUUCAGUCAGCAAGGUUACUUUUGGCAUAUCACAGACCUUCAUUGGGAUCCUGAUUACAAAAUGACAGAUGACCCAAAUGCUGUAUGCCCUUCAUCCUCGAAACCUGUACCAAACCCAGGGAAAUGGGGCAGCUACCUUUGUGAUUCUAACUGGGAACUUAUUAACCUAUCCAUUUAUACCAUGAGAGACAUUCACCCUCAACCAGACUUCAUUCUUUGGACAGGUGAUGACACCCCUCAUGUUGCUGACAAGAACCUUGGUGAGGAUACAGUGCUGAAAAUAAUUGGAAAUUUAACCCAUCUGAUACAAGGGGUGUUUCCAGGUACUAAAGUCUACUCUGCAAUGGGAAAUCAUGACUUUCAUCCAAAGAAUCAAUUUCCUGCUACCUAUCAUAGGAUUUACAACAAAACAGCAGAACUCUGGACACCUUGGAUGAACCCUCAGUCUAUCCUCAGGUUUAAGAAAGGAGCUUUCUACACUGAGAAGCUGCUGAAUCGAACAGACCAGCGUGUUAUUGUCUUAAACACAAAUCUGUACUACACCAGCAAUAAGCUUCAUCCUGGACUCCAUGAUCCCGCUGGUCAGCUCCAAUGGCUUGAUGAAAUACUUUCAAAGGCAAUAGCAUCAAAAGAAAAAGUUUAUAUUAUUGGUCAUAUACCACCAGGCUUUUUUGAAAAGAGGAGAGGAGUAUCCUGGUUUCAAGAGGACUUCAAUGAAAGAUACAUCAAAAUUGUUCAAAAGUAUCACAGUGUGAUAGCUGGUCAGUUCUUUGGACAUCACCAUACUGACAGCUUCAGGAUGUUCUAUAGCAAUUCAGGUUCUCCUUUAGGAGUUAUGUUUAUUGCACCUGGCAUUACUCCAUGGAAGACAACGUUACCCGGUGUAAAGAACGGAGCUAACAAUCCAGGGAUGCGAUUAUUUCAAUAUGACACAAAAACUUUGGAAAUUAAGAAUAUGAUGACAUAUUACUUCAAUUUAAGCUAUGCCAACACUGUGACUCCACUCUGGAAACAGGAAUACAAUUUAACAGGGGCGUUUGGAGUUCCAGAUGGUACAUUUCAAUCUAUGCAAAUGGCACUGGAUAAGCUGUGCGAUGAUGAUGAGUAUCUGCAGAAAUAUUAUAAAUAUAAUUCUGUCAGUUAUGAUUUAAGCAAAUGUGAUGAGAACUGUAAAAAUGAUCAGAUUUGUGCAAUCAAAGCAGUUGACUUUGUUCAAUAUAAGGAGUGUGUUCGAGGUGAGAGUUCUAAUUGUGCUGCUACUUUGUCUAUCAUUCCAUUACUGCUUAUUUCUGUGUUGCCUCUUCAAUUCUAAUCAAGUCAAGUCAAGUUUAUUUGUCACAUACACAUACGAGAUGUGCAGUGAAAUGAAACUGGCAAUGCUCGCGGACUUUUGUGCAAAAGACAAACAACAAAACAACCAAACAAAUUAUAAACACAGAACUUAGAAAUAAGUUAAAAAGGAACAUAAAAGUUAAAAACACACACAAUUUUCGCGGAGCUGCCACAACGGCGACUGGACAGGGCCGCGCCAUUUUUUUUAAUUUUUUUUUUCCAGCAAUACAUAUAUUCACCUGAAUAAGGAUUAUAAGAAUGGUUGCCAACCAGCAUAAGGGAAAACUAGCUUGUGGUAAAGCAAUGGUAUGGCCUAUAAAGUAAGAAGGGAUUACCAAAGGGAUUUAGACAAAUCAUGAAACUGGCCAUCUAGUUCUCAUCAUUUGAACAUCGUCAGUCUCCUGGAUGUGCCUCAGGAUUUUAGCUGCAAGUAAAGGAUCAAAAUCAUUCUGAUGAUUCAGGAGAAAUUGUCAAAUGCUUAAGUCACCAAUCACCUUAUUGUCAAUGUUACUUGGAUUCUCUUUAUUGUAUCUUUUUUUAAAAACCUGAUGUACACCAUGAUGAUAUGGACACUAAUUUCAACAGAUUUUUUAUUAAAAAUUCUUUGAUACUUCUUUUUGGUUUGUCGUGAAUUGGAUGAACAAAACAAUUA